UCAAACAAGUCACAUUAAACCAGCUCAUCGCAGUGCGUGAUAAAACGGCAUAAAAUGCUAUUUGAGCGUUUCUAUCUGACUCGAAGAAAAAAGAACGCGGUAGACUAGUGUUGGUAGUGUUGCGUACUGUUGCGCAAGCUCUGCUCGGGCUCUGCUCGGCCACCAAACAAUGCAGCAAACUCAAUCUCCCAUGUUCUAACCAAAGAUCUAAGCUCUAACCGCAAGUUAGACAAGAUGCCGCAACCAUGCGAUGUUGUCGGUUGCCCGAAUAAUGUGCGGUGCUGUACCAAGACCACCUUGAACAAGGUAAUCGACGUGCAAGCCGAUGCCGGCGUGAGUUACCACUGGUUACCGCAGAGUGAACCCAUGCGCUCCAAGUGGCUUAGUGCCGUGCCUAUGCGACAUCGUGCUAAACGAACGAGAAAUCUGCACGUGUGCUCGCUACACUUUCGGGAAGAGGAUUACGAGACCAACCGCAACGUGAGCAAGUCUUGUAACAUGCCUUUCAAAGCACUGCUUUCCCGUAGCGCCGUUCCGUCGGUCCUGCCCGAGUCCUGCUUUGCUAGAACCGCUGCUAGAACUGACAACUUGCGACAACAGUUGGUCCUGCCCGAGUUCCGCCUUGCUAGAACUGACAACUUGCAACAACAGUUGGUCCUGUCCGACUCCUGCCUUGUUACAGCUGACGACUUGCAACAACAGUUGGCUCUGCCUGUGUCCUGCCUGGCUAGCGCCGACGACUUGCAACAGGUGGUCCUGCCUGUGUCCUGCCUGGCUAGCACCGGCGACUUGCAACAACAGUUGGUCCUACCUAUGUCCUUCCUGGCUAGCACCGACGACUUGCAACAACAGUUGGUCCUACCUAUGUCCUGCCUGGCUAGCACCGACGACUUGCAACAACAGUUGGUCCUGCCUGUGUCCUGCCUGGCGAGCACCGACGACCUGCAAGAACCUCUGUCUGACAGCGACGACGCGGCUGAAUGUGCUGAAUCUGAAAACAUAUAUUUGGUUAUUGAUAUUGAUGAUGCCUCCAGCAACAUUGACGCGAAGGCGAGUGUUGACGCGGGAACGCAAACACAUGGUUCGUCGACGGGUAGCAGCAUUGGCUAUACCAAAGUUGUGCAAGUUUGCCGGCCUGGCAGUAGCAUUGGGACUCAAGUUAACCUCAUUAUGAAGCCUACAAUGGAGAAGGGAACGCAGGUCGGUAAAAGAAGAAGGAGAAGAAGAUGACAUCGAUACGUACCUCAUCACGUGCAUGAACAGUCAAGAGGCCUCCCAAUGCUCAAGCACAUCAAGGAGAAAAGUGAUAGGCAUCUAGAGAAGAGGCCAGCUUUCUUGUCUCGCCUGAGGCAUCGCUAGUAGUACACAUG